GCGCGGUCAGCUCAGUAAUCUCGAGGUAAAAUGGCGUCGGGGGCCAUUUCCACGGAUUCGAAGAAAUUAACCGAAUUAAGAGUUGUCGACCUUAAAUCCGAGUUGAAGCGAAGGAGUUUGGACACUUCCGGAGUGAAGAGCGUUCUCCUAGCGCGGCUGAAACAGGCUGUCGAGGAUGAAGGUGGUGACCCAGAAAAGAUGCAGCUUUCAGGUGAUGCGUUACCUCGGAAAGUUGGGAAAGCUAAAGUGAAAAAAACGGAUUCGGACGCCGACGCCACCUUGGAGGAAGAUGUCCUUUACAAGGAAACUGAAGAGUAUGAAUCCGAGAAGGAUGUAACAGAUACUGAUGAUGGUACUCACGAAAAUGCUAAGCCUGCACCGAGGGAGGACAGCCUCACUCAGUCUGAGGCUGAACCAGAGCCUGAAGCUGUGGCGGCUGAAGCUGAUUCAGAGCCUGAGCAAGAGGUGGAUGCGGAGACUGAGCCAGAGGUAGACGCGGAGACUGAGCCAGAGGUCGAUGCUGACCCCGACGAGGAUGACGAUGCUGACCCCGACAUGGAGGACGAUGCUGAGCCAGAGGUGGAGCUCGAACUGGCUCGGAUGGAUGCUGACGCCGAAGCCCUGAAUUCCUCUAAAGAUGUAGAAGACGAUCACCUAUCCGUUUCAAUACCAAAUGAAGAUGCCAUCACCCUAGAUGUUGAUGGUGACGAUCUCCUGGAAACAGGUAAACAUGUGAAACUUCCAGAUGCCGAGAAGGGCACAGAUGAGCCAGAGAUCUCUGCUGAUACGGGCCCAGAUGAUGACAUGAAGGAUCAAGAGACAGAGGGCCACAGAGAUGGUAAGAAGGACGAUGGAUCCAGGUGUGAGCCCACGAAGAAAGACAGAGAGUCCUCGAAGAAAGCUGACACGGGAGAUAAAGAAAAAGACUCUGGGAAGAAAGGCCCCUCCACUACUGGGGCAUCAGGUCAAGCAAAGAGCUCUUCAAGAGACCGAGAUGGAAAAGAUGACAAGGGAGUCGUUAGCAGCAACGGUUCGUCUCGUAACAUCUGGGUGAGCGGCCUGUCCUCAAACACCAAAGCAGCUGAUCUAAAAAAUCUGUUCGGCAAAUAUGGGAAGGUUCUGAGUGCCAAGGUGGUUACAAACGCUCGCAGUCCUGGUUCAAAAUGCUACGGCCUGGUGACGAUGUCGUCCAGUACAGAGGUGACGCGUUGCGUCUCCCACCUUGACUGCACGGAGCUCCAUGGACAGCAGAUAUAUGUGGAGAGGGCCAAAAAUGAUCCGUUCAAAAAAGAGCCUUCAAAGAAAGAAGCAGAGGACAAAGCAAGUUCCAUCAAAACAAGUGACAAGCGCAGUUCCACAGGGAUGAAAUGGACGAACAAAGCACAGCCACCUUACAAGAAGGAAGACAAAAAAUCUGAUAAACUGUCAGAAAAGGACAAAGAUUUAUCCAAGAAACAGGAGACGAAAAGUGGAAAAUCUGACUCGGUUUCCUCCAACUCGGGACCAGAUUCUCUGAAGAAAGACGACCGAAAGCAUGGCCGGACAAAGAGCCCAUGCAGGGUGAUGGCAGUAGAUUACAACAGAGGAGAUCCCAAUUUUGGCAGAAUGAGACCUUUCAGAAGAGGAAGGUAUUUUGAGAGGCCUCCAGUCAACAUGAAUUUUCAAAGGCGGCCUAAGUGGUUGAUUCCUCCUGAAGAGUUGGAGAUGUUCAAAGAGAAACCGCGACCUUUCAUGAACAAGGGAGAAGAACAUGACAUCCUGCCUUUCGAGAAGAUGAAAGAGCAGAGGAUGCGUGAACGAGUGGCCCGUAUGGAGCGGGUCCGCAGAGCCGUGGAGUUGCGCAGGAGGCGUGAAAUUGCGGAACAAGAACGACGGGAGCGUGAGCGUGUCCGCCUGUUGCGAGAGCGUGAAGAAAGGGAGAAUCUGCUCAGGGAGCGCCACCGACUGGAGAUGGAAAGACAAAAACUGGAGAGGGAGCGCUUGGAGAGAGAGAGGCUCGAGAGAGAAAGAAUACGCAUUGAGCAGGAGCGGCGUAAAGAGGCAGAGCGCAUGGCACGUGAGCGCGAGGAGCUGCGGAGGCAACAGGAACAGCUCCGCUAUGAGCAGGAAAAGAGGAACAACCUGAAAAGAGGCCGUGAAGUGGAACACGGUCGGAGGGACGACCCCUAUUGGAAUGGCAACAAGAAGAUGCAGUCAGACUCUGAUGUCCGCUUGAACCAAGGCUCAAACUACAACCGUCAGCAGAACCGCUUUACAAACUUCAGCCCCCGGGAGAGGGGACGUUUUCCAGAAGGUGGAGGCGAACAGACCAACACGUACGACAGACGUAACCGAUUCGAUGGUGAGCCUGAGGCAAAGAAGAGUCGCCCUGCUCCUCACAGAGAGGGCUCCGGCUUUGAGCGCUACCCCAAGAACUUUGAAACAGUCCGCAGAGCUGAGCCGCCGCCUCCUCAACGCAGUGAACUCAGGGACACCGACCGCAGGGACAGAGAUGAAAGACGACCUGUGCCCAUGCAUGCUCGGCCAAUGGGAGCCAGAGCAGGAAUGCCUGGCAUGUCACACAACCGUUCACCCAGGGACGGAGCGCAUGGAUGGAAGAAUGAUGGAGGAAUGAACAGCAACAAAGGAGACAUGCGAGGGCCGAUGCGUAUGCGACCUGAGCGGUCCGGUCGAGAGGCUCAGGGUCCGGUGCUCAGAGGAGGCUCUUCGGCCAGCCGUGGGCGGAGCAGCUUCAGUGAUCGAGAUGGAAUAAGACCCAUGGUGAUGAGUAAUCAGCCGUUCAGCUCCAGCCGCCAGGUUGUGGUGGAGCGUCACAGCAGGGACUCGGGCGUGAGGAAGGAGUGGCACGGUGGCUCAAGCUCCCAGCGCGGCGGCUUCUCUGACAAUCGCAGGAUGGGAGACACUCGCAGCAGCAUGAUGUCGGCCUCCAGUCACUCUUCAUCUGGAAUGAACCGAAUUGUGCAGAUCACCAGUAACUCCAUUUCCAGUAGUGGCAACGUGGGUGGAUUCAAACCCUUCAAAUCGACACAGCGGCAGUUCUAACUGCAGCCAUACCCUGUAAAGCCACUUUAAAGAACCUGGAAAAUUUCGGAACUCUUUAUUUUUUAGGAUAUCAACUGUUUUAGGUGGUACAUUUGUAGCCGCGAGGUUGACUACUUCAUUUUAUUUUGUAUAGACAAGUGUUUACCUCAGUGUGGGGUUUUCCUGACAGUUCCGCUGUUACCAAUAAACAACCCUUGCACAUGUUUUACUUAUAUUUAGGAAAAUAUUGUACAGCCCUAGGUCUUUGUAAGUAAAGUUUUCCAGUGAUAUGAUCUUCUCUAAUUGAGUGUUGUAUGUACAUUUGCAAUAGACCAGUGUCUCACAUGGUUUCCCUGUGUACUGUCUAAUUUUAGUGUAUUAUGGAGCUCCCUCAGUGAUGUGCGUUCACUUACUUGGAUGUUUAUUUGUCAGAAAACAUGACGCAGGACACCGGAAGAUUCUUACUUUGUGUUACUUUUGAAACAUUCGAUUCUAAAAUAACUGGCCCUGUAGCAGACAUUCCUCUCGAAGGCCAUGAAUUAAAUUACACAGGCCAGUGUCUGAAAUAUAUUCUGACUUUCAAGUGUGUUGCUGCAUGGCAUUCACUCAAGUCUUUGAAAGGACUAUUGUACCGUUUCUUUAGUUGCUCAUUGUUAUUGCAGUUUUCAGUCAGUUUUCAGGUUUGACUGAUUUUGUAAGAUGUAUGAUAUGAUGGCUUUAUUUAACCAUAUGUUACACACAUGAAGUUCUCUGAUGGCAGCAUAUAAAAUGUUUGAAAACGUUGGUACACGACAAAAGGUGCAGUUUGACAUGGUUGACCGGUUGAUUCUGUAGUGGAGGAACCGUCAUGUCAAUUUAAUUUAUUUUUCUCAUUUUCUUUUUAUACCUGUCGAGUUUCUUUAAUCCUUUUGUAUUUGGACCAGUGCUCCCCACCCAGGGCUGCCACGCGCCUACUCAUAACACUCUUUACCUACACGUCUGCUGUAAAUGGUUGAUAAAGCUUGAUUAAACUACAACAAAAGUGA